CCCCCCAGUGUUAUUUUUUCAAAACCUGCUCAUAACCCCCUACCUCAAGUUGCAUUCUGGUUCAUGAUCUACAAGAGCCAACACAUCAGAAAUGUCCUCUCAUUUUCUGUAGGGCCUGAAUGCCUGGCCUUCAGUGGCCUUCAACAGAAAGUUGAAGUGAAACCAUCAGUAGCCUCAGUACACUUAAUUAAUCUGAAAAAUAACAAAUUAAACAACACUGACAUAUGCCUAGCUUUGAUGUAAAGUAUUUUCUAUGGGUAAUCUUAAAGAUAAAAUGAUUGUUGAAUUAUCCAAGAAACUAUAGCUAUAACCAAUGAGAGCCAAUGAAGUGGAAGAAAAAUGUGAACUUAAUGUAAGAAACACUUCCAGUAGAUGAGAUUAGGACUAAAUCAGGUGGAGGCAUCUCUGUGGGAGGAGUGGAGAACAUUUAAUACCGGCCAUGUCACCUGGAGUUAAGAUGAAGACAGACUUGAUCUUUGGCAAGAUGAUGAGGAAGUGUCUCUAGUUUGACUGAUUCACUUUAUUGUACAAGUAUAUUUCACAACCUCCCUCCCCCGAUAUAGACAAAUUUAAUAUAUGUGCUAAAUCUUCUGAUUAUAGAAAUAGAGGUUAGCCUAGCAGUUAGACUGCCACAUCCCACAAUGGGAGUAUGAAUCCAAGCUUGGCUCCGGGCUCAUCUCCUGCUGAUGGAGACCCUGGAAGACAAUGAGGCUGGCUCUGGUAAUUGAGUACCUGCCAUCCAGGUGGAAAAUCUGGAUUGAAUCUUGACUUCCAGCUCUGGCCUAGUCCAGACUCAUUCCUUGUAGGCAUCUGAGGAAUGAGCCAGCAGAUGGGAGCUUCUUUGUCUAUCUCUCCCCCUUCAUCCCAACCACUUUGCUCUUGUAUAUAUGAACAAAAUUAAAGUUCUUUCUUUUACGAUUGUACUGUUUUAGAAUAUCCGGCGGAGGCACUGUCAGAAAUGUCUUCUUUAAGUGGGAAAGUCCAAACAGUUCUGGGCCUUAUAGAACCAAGCAACCUGGGCCGCACCCUGACCCACGAACAUUUGAGCAUGACCUUUGACUGCGCUUAUUGCCCACCUCCUACAUGCCAUGAAGUUAUCUCUAAGGAACCCAUCAUCAUGAAAAACUUAUUCUGGCUUCAGAAAAACCCUUAUUCUCAUAAAGAGAACCUUCAGUUGAACCAGGAAAUGGAAGCUAUAAGGGAAGAACUGCUGCAUUUCAAAGCCCAUGGUGGCGGGGCCAUGGUGGAGAACACAACUUAUGGCAUCAGCCGCAAUGUGCAGGCACUCAGGUGGCUGGCAGAAGAAACUGGCGUCCACAUCAUCGCUGGAGCCGGGUUUUAUGUAGAUGCCACUCACACUCCGGAGACCAGAGCCAUGUCGGUGGAGCAGCUUACUGAUGUCCUUAUUAAUGAAAUUCUACGUGGAGCUGAUGGAACCAGCAUCAAGUGUGGUGUCAUUGGAGAAAUUGGUUGUUCCUGGCCUUUGACGGAGAGUGAGAAAAAGGUCCUUCAGGCGACAGCUCAGGCCCAAGCUCAGCUGGGCUGUCCUGUCAUUAUCCAUCCUGGACGGAAUCCAAGUGCUCCCUUUCAGAUUAUCCGAAUACUGCAAGAAGCAGGUGCAGACAUCUCAAAGACAGUUAUGUCACAUCUUGAUAGGACUAUACUUGACAAGAAGGAGCUGCUGGAAUUUGCUCAGCUUGGCUGUUACUUGGAAUAUGAUCUCUUUGGUACUGAAGUCCUUAAUUACCAAUUCAACCCAGAUAUUGACAUGCCUGAUGAUAACAAAAGAAUUAGAAGAUUAAAAAGAUGUCUUUUGGCAGUGCAUUUUAACUAGAGAGGAAGGAUUUGCAAGACUCUCAAAAUUUGCUUUGCUGUCAGCUUCAAUUCACCUGAGAAAAAAGAAAACAAUGAUAUCUGAAAUGUGUAUAACUCAUGGAUGUUGCAAAGGAGAGCCACUUCACUUCUGCAGUCCUGACAUGACCACACUCCCACAGAAGGCAGUGACUGUACCGACUGGCAUUUGGUCAGAAAGCAGCCAUCGCCUGAACUUUCACACACAUGACAUGUAGGGCAUCCCAGCCUAAGAAGAUGUAAUUUUCUGGAUAACUUGAAGAGAAAUCAUAUUAAUUAUUUUACAACUUCAUAUAUUUUGAUCAUCCAAACUGUAUUUCAACCCCCAAAUAAAUCAGAUGAUAUAUGCA